GCGCUGACGUCACCAAAUCUUUGACAGCACUUCCUGGAGUGGCGUUUGUUGUGGGAAAUAAGCGCCGUGGUGCUGAACUGGGGACCCGAGCUACGUUAACAGCAGCGGGACGGCACAGACCCCUACACUAGCCCACCUGCAAACAUGUGGUCGCGACAGGUUUCGGUUGGUAUCAGAUAAGACAUAAGAAGAGGAAGAAGUGACGGCUGAGACUGAGGGAGGACGAGGUGGGGAAUAUUCUCGGACAGCAAGCAGAGCAGAGCCGCCGACAGCACGGAGUUGUCGCGAUGUUGUAGCUAAACCAUGGACAGCAGAAUAAAGGAGAACCCAGAAAGAACAUUUGAUCUGGUUCUACAGGUGGCGUGUCCGACAUCUGAACAUGAGGAUCCAACCGUGCUGUGGAGCUUCCCCCAGGACCACACAGACCAGGAGGUCCUUCAGACGAUACCAAAGUUCUGCUUUCCCUUUGACGUGGAAAGGGUUUCCCACAAUCAGGUGGGGCAGAAUUUCACCUUCGUACUGACGGACAUUGACAGCAAACAGAGGUUUGGUUUCUGUCGACUCACUCAAGGCUGCCGAGUGUGCAUAUGUCUGCUCAGUUAUCUGCCAUGGUUUGAAAUCUACUACAAGUUGUUAAAUACUCUGGCAGACUACCUAUCAAAACAACAGGAAAAUGACUUGAAUGACAUGCUGAAUUCUCUGUAUGAUCUGCCUGUGCCAAAGCCCUUCACGCCAGUCAACCUGAGUGUGAAUGAGCAGUUGUAUAUUGCCACUGGGCAAGUACUGAGAGAUCAGCGAAGCAAGGAGCCGCACUCCUACUUCAUCGCCCCGGAUAUCAAUGGACUGCCGACUAUCCCUGAGAGUAGGAACCUGACAGAGUACUUCGUGGCCGUGGACGUCAACAACAUGCUCCAGCUCUACGCCAGUAUGCUGCACGAACGCCGCAUCAUCAUUACCUCAAGCAAGCUUAGCACUUUAACUGCAUGUGUCCACGGUGCGGCUGCUCUGCUCUUUCCGAUGUACUGGCAGCACAUCUUCAUCCCAGUGCUGCCCCCGCAUCUUCUGGACUACUGCUGUGCUCCCAUGCCAUACUUUGUGGGAGUUCAUCUCAGUCUGCUGGAGAGAGUGCGCAGUCGAUCACUGGAGGAUGUGGUCAUUUUGAAUGUGGACACCAACACCCUGGAGAGUCCCUUUGAUGACCUGCACAACCUGCCCAGUGACGUGGUGUCCUCGCUGAAGAGCAAGCUGAAGAAGCAGUCGACAGCCACAGGAAGUGGUGUGGCGAGGGCCUUUUUGAGAGCGCAGGCCGCUCUGUUUGGAUCUUACCGAGAUGCCCUCAGAUACAAACCUGGGGAGCCAAUCACUUUCUGUGAGGAGAGCUUUGUGAACCAUCGCUCGAGUACCAUGAGGAACUUCCUGUCCAUGGCUGUCAACCUGCAGCUCUUCAAGCAGUUCAUCGACGGACGACUGGCCAAAUUGAACGCAGGCCGCGGCUUCUCCGACGUGUUUGAAGAAGAGAUCACAGAGGGGGGCUUCUGUGGAAGUAAUUCAAGGUCUUACCAGCAGUGGAUGCAUACUGUAAAGAGAGGAGGAGCACUCUUCAACACAGCUGUGACAAAGGCCAAGAGUCACGCCAAAAGGGGCAUCCGCGACAUUAAGGGCAGACUUAAAGCAAGGGAAGAGGAAGAAGAGGGGAUGCCGGUGUGCGCAGGGUCUCCGACCAGCACCAAGAGCCUGUCUCCAAGGAGACUGCAGAAGAUGAGACGGCAUAACUUCAACAAGUCUCCCAUGAGCAUGGGCCCUCGAGAUCUUGGAUACGGGCUCGAUGACGACGAGCUGGACAGGGCAAGCAAGAUCUCCUCAGAGGACAGCGGGGACGUCCCUUCGUACAUCGAGGACAGCGAUGAUUCCUACUCACUAGAGCUCGACAUCAGCUCCUCCCGCUCGGGCCAGAUGAACCUGCUGGAGGAAAUCCUGGACUCUCUGAACACCACAACACUGGAGCAAGGCAAACUCAGCGGUGCCAAGAGCCUGGACUUCUUCAGGUCCAUGGAAGAUUUAGACUACAAGGCCCCGAGUAAGCCCACAACUUCCAGCGAAUCCAACCCUGCAGAUGGAAGCGGCCGUGGUGGAUGCGGGGAUCAGGGCAGCUGGAAUAUGGGCCAGGAUGACAGCGCAGUCCACGGAAAACACCUUCCCCCAUCCCCGCGCAGACAGCCCAACAAGAGCAGCCUGAAGAUGUCAAAGAAAAUGGCGACGGCCACUGCGGUGCCCACCGCCGCAUCAUCCCCAGCCCAGGAGUCACAGCCUCAUCAACCCAACUCUGACCCUCACCCUCUACCUCCAGGACGGCAGCCAGGAGACCGCUUCUCCUACUCGCCCUCAAUGUCCCAUAGAGUUACUCCUGCACCGCCAUCGCCCACUUUCUCUCACACCUACAGUUUUCCAUCAAACUAUUCUCCUGUGCCAGCAGGCCGGUUUCGGACCAUCUCAGACCCUCAAGGCAGCACAGAGCUUCCUCAGGCCCAGAACCAGACUGCCUCCACCGGCAUCUUGAGGAGGAAGGUGCUGUCCAAGGAGACAGUGAGGCACUACCAGGAAAAGGCCCUCCAGAGGCAGGGCAGCAAGGGCCAACAGCUGGGUCAGGGUGGCCUCUCGAGGAGCAGCCAGUCAGCUGUGCAGGUCCAGUGGGAGAACGAGGUGUCCAAGGAGGGCCUCUUGGGGUUCGGCCUGUGUCUGGGUCAGGGGAAAGGCUCGGGGGCGGCUGUGGUGCAGGAUCAAGGCCUCCUCGAGGAGAUUGAGUCCAUGUGUUGCCUGGGCUCGGUCCUUAACACCGGUCUGCAGCUCUCACAGGUUCACUGCAACAACAGCCACCACCAGGUCCAGGGAAAAGCCACAGACGAGUAGAGAGACGUCAGAGACUGGCUGUCAGGUUCUGCUGAAAUAUAUUCACUUUAACUCUUCUGUUGUAGUUACAGAACCUGAUCGGUUCUGACUUUUUUGGGUUUUUUUUUAAUCUCAACACUCAGCUAUCAGGAAAAGUCACAAACAAAUCUGAUGUCAUGCAGACCAACGCAAACCAGUGAGUUACAGCCUCCAGAGCAGCAAGCGGUGAACUGGUGCACUGCGUAACUCGCCGCCUUUUUAAAUACAUUUCUGUGUAAAAAACAUUAAAAAAGAGCCAGUUUUUUUUUUUUUUGAGCAAGUGAAAAAAUCUGCCAGUGUAGUAAAAAUAUUUCAUUUCAACCUGCUUCUAGUAAAUAUGACCUUGAUUCAGGAAUAUUCCUGAAAUUAAUAAUAAUGAAUAUGUUGAAACCAAGAAGCGUCUGAGAGAUCGUUUAAAAAGCACUUAAAACACGCUGAUACCCGAAGUUAAAACAGUCCCAAUACUGUGGCAGUUUUCUUCACUUCGAGUGCUUUUCCUCUAAGAGAAUUGGGUGUCCUUCUAAAGUGACGACAAGUUGUACAUUUUCAACUUCUUAAAACCAGUAAGAAAAAAAAAAUUAAUUGCAAAGAAAAAAGACCCGAUAAGAAUAAGAGGUUUUUGCAGUGUGUUUACUGCUCAUUAUAGUAUUUCUGUGUGUAACCAUCUAAAUUUAUGGACAGCAUGUAUUUUCAUCUUCUAACACUCACAGUGCAAUACCAGGAGCUCACUCUUAAAGUGAGAGCAGCCAGCUGGUCAUGGAGGAACUUUUUUUUUUUUUUCGUUUAAAAGGAAUUUACAAAAGGCUCAGUACUUUUUUAGGAUUAAGAAGGGAUGAUGUCUGCUCAACACACCUUUUAUAUCAGUCGUCUGCUCACUGUGUUCCAAACAUUUCACGUCAUCGUAUUUGCACUUUUAGAUUAACAACUUUUACUCAGCCUUGGCCACCUGGUACUCGGAUUAUUUGAGCAAAAACAACAAAAGUCAGACAGGAUUUUCCACACACAAAGAUUUCUCGGGCCUUUUAAACUAAUCAUACACUGUGUAAUUUAAAUUUUUUUUUGUUUGUUCUUUUUUAAUCACCAUGCCUUAAAUGGACAUGUGAUUUGUUUUUGAUACUCUGGUGUAUCUUAAUCUAGAGAUACCACAACAGGUACUUUGUAAUCACAAUCUCUGAUACUCUCAGAUCUUAAAUGCUACUCUUAAUGGUUCUUUAUCAGCACUGUACUUCUCUGGAUUAAUAGAAUAGUUAAUAUAUAUGAUGUGCUUUAAGCUGCUGUUUUAACUGCAUUCCAGAUAACGAGAUGUGCUUGUAGAAACUGUCUCUCUCUCUUCUCUUCCCGAGUUCCUCAGGACACUUCUGUCAGGGCAGCAGGUACAGUCAAUAGUUAACCCGGAUAAUCUUUUAAGUGCCAGUGUCAAAGCUCCGUGUCCUCUUCACUGUCCUUUUCCGCUAUCAUCCACUCUUCCCUUCCCCUCCCCCUUUCAGUCCUUUCAGCACAUCUAAAUUUCAGUCUCGACCUUAACGACGGUGGCCAGUAGUCGCAGAGUUUGGAGUGGAUGUGGGAGGGGGGAACUCCAGAUCGUGAGGCUGGUGAUGUUCUGUGUCUUUCUUAUUAUCCACAAAUAAAAAUCCCUGUAGUUUUUUUUGCGAAUGUCACCCAAACAGGAGCGAAUAGUGCGUCUGUUGAGGGCUGUUUUCAGCCGCGCACCUACCUGUCAUUAGGAUUUUCAGAGCAUUUGUUCAUUUUAAGAAAAAUAUACAAUAUCACCAGACUCAAUGCACAACUCAGCUUUUCUUUCUGUUUGUGUCUCUCUUUCUUUGCUCGCGAGAGUAAAUGCAGUCGUUGUCCUUCCAGGUUCGAGUCGCACACUGAAAUGUAAUGCAGCGGUCGAUGAUUGUACUGUACUGAAGCAAUACGGUCCGUCUCUGAUAGCAGCCACAUGGAUGUAAUGUGUGCAGACAAAACAAAAGUAUGUCUAUAACAGACUCUCCUGUGGAGAGACGUGCCCGCGUCCAGGGAUUGUGGCUUCCCAUCAUUCUCUGCGCCGCCGCAAAGCCGGAGAAAAGAAGAAAGCUUUUUCGUGUACUUGUGUGGGGAUUAUUACAUUUAUGGUUCGUUGUUCUCAUGAUUUACGCCAGACGCCAGUCGGUGUGGCAGUUUAAUAGCCGCUAUUUCUCCGCUUUUUGAGUGCUGCUCUGCGUUAACGAUUUGCUCAUAAAGUCUUUGGCGUGCUUCUAAAAGCCCAGGAAUCAGUCCUCAGCUAUUCCAAAAAGUAUGGGGGGAAAAAAAGAAGUCUCCAGAACAAUCUCUGCACUGGCCUUAUUCAUGAUAAACACUUAAAAAAAGAAAAAGGAAAACUUACUAUGCAAAUAUUUAAGAUUAUCUAAAAGGUCAGUUCUUCAAUUACGACUUUAUAGUUUAUGAUUGUACUUGAGAAGUAAUCCCAAUCAGACCAGUCAGACCCUAAAUAAAUAAAUAUCAACGUCUGUGUGUGAGCUGAGGUGUGUGUGUGUGGGUGGGUGUGGUGUGCCUUAUACAGUAAGAGUACCACCCGGUACAGUAUUACAGAAAGGAGAUGUGUGGAAGGUUUUCAGACCACUUUAAAUUACAGUCAGGAACAUUGAGGUACUUAUGAUCAGCAGACACGACCUGUUAGAAACUGACCUGAAAUGAACUUGGGUACUCACAUUGUUUUAUAGCCGUUUUGUUUUUGGGCUUCGACUUUCAGUCCAGCUGGAGUCACUCAGUGUUUUUCUUUGCUGCGGUGGUCGGUGGGAAUCUUCCCGCCUGUGUUUGAAGAGAGGAUCUCUGAAUUUCUCUGGGUUAUUUGACUUUUUUGUAAAUUAGGUACUUUCUUUGGUUGUACUAAUAGGUGAUUACUUGUAGAGUUUUUGCUCUCUCUUUCUCUCGCUCUUUUUUUCCGCGUCUUUGUUUUCUCUUUUUUUUUUUUUAAAUAAAAUUAUAAAUAAAAGCUUGUGCACUCAUUCUGAGCUAACUGUAUUUUAAAAAAAAAAAGAAAAUGUUUCUCAGAGGAGUUUCUCUAGUUGACUUUCAUAUUGAUGAAAAAUUAUUUUCAACUGAAUAGACGUGUAUUUUUGCUGGCUUGAGUUUAUUUUACAUGGAUAAUAUAUGAUUGGUGUUGUAUGUUGGAGAAAAAAAAGACACCUAAUAUCUGAAUGUUUUACAUUUUAUUUUUGGAACAAAAAAAAAAAAAAAUUAGAGAGAAUAUUAACAAAGGUCACAUGUAGCCAGUCAUGUUCAAAAGCAUUUGACACCUUCAAAUCAAACAUAAGCAGACUGACCCUUGCUUGUACAUGGUACAAAGCUUAUUGUUGUAUCUGCAUGUACGUACCUAUAGGUGUUGUAUAUUAUGAUUUUGUUUAGUUUUAUUGAUGUGGUCCAUUCUGUUAGUAUUAAUUAUUAUUUCAGUAUUUAGCACUUCCAUCAAAUCGAGAAUCGGGGGUUUCGUACGAGACGCUCAUUCUGCCGCGCGAUGGCCGUUGUAACGUUAAGUCACCUGCCUUGCGUUUUACGUAGAAGGAAAAGCAUUUCUACUUUGAUCGCUGGCUAAUGUGAAUGUAACCGCAGACCUUUGAGGGGGGAGAAAUACUCGAGCAGUCAGCUGCUGUGAAAGGAUGAUAUGUAAAAGCUUUUGGUAUCUCCGGUCCAGUUUACACUAACGUUGUACAACAGUGAGGAGGUGAUUGUCAGGUCUGCAGGCUUGGGAUGACUAAUGGAAACAAUAGAGUGUCCCUGAAUUUACAAAUCUGGAGUGAGAGGGAGGUGACACACGAUGUAGCAACUUCUGAAAGUUUUAUGGAGCGAGAACACAGAUUCAACUCAACAAAGAUCAGCGUCAUUCCCCCAUAGUCGCACAUUAAAGAGGUGUGGACAAAAUACAGUUCUUAACUUUGAUUUUUUUUUUCCAGUCUUCUUAUCAGGGAGUUGGGGGGGCGUGUUGUAACGAUGAUUAACUCUGCGGUAUGUCAUUUACUGAUCUUCUGAUUCUGUGCACACUUGCAUGUUCUCAUUGCAGAGAAAACAACUGUCUUAAACAACAGGUCAAUCUAAAGUGCUACUCAUGAGUAACUCGGUAUAACUGCACAUAAUGUAUGCACUGUGAACUGAAAAUAAAUUAUACUGGUUCAUGCCUAUGCA